AUGGUAGAAAUCGUCCUCAAAUUCCACUACCGAGGACAGAAAAGCAGACGUCUGGCGUCUGAUACCCCGCAAACAUAUACCACGCUAACGGAUAUUGUCGUAGAUCAAUGGCCGGAACUAGCUGUCGAAACUAAUAUCGGCCUCACGUAUGUCGAUGAUGUUGGCGAUAAGUGCCUCUUCCAUAGGGAUGCUUGGGAGGACUCUGUGGAGCUUGCUCGCAGAGCUGUCUUAGGGACUAUGAAGUCACCAACUAUCAACAUAUUCAUCACUACGGAAACAUCUAGCACAACGGCAAUCUCUGGUGGGUCGCCCAUCGACUUGUCUGUAACUCGCAAGAGACCUCUCGAGUCCACCGCCAGCCAGACGGCACCUCCCAUAGUAGCCAAGGCGAAGAGGGUAGCUGCCAAGUCAGCAGCAGGAGCAACAGCAGUGAAUGACAGGGCCAAAGUUGAGCGAAGUGCAGGGAGCAGAGCUAAGAUGACGAACAGGAAGUCCACUUCAAGUGAGGCCGAAAUCGUCGUGGUGAAGGAUGAGUUUCCUGCGGAAACGAGGACUCGUCGGAGCUCUCGACUUGCUGCUCAACGUGGACCUUCAGCAAUCAAGAAAGAAGGCAUUGAAAUGUUUGAAUAG